UAGCUGGUAAGUAGUAAUGCUUCAAUGUCUACCAAAAAGACUAAAGUGCAGUACUAGCCUCGCUGUACCUAUGCAGCGCCAAGUAGCCAACUGCCAUGUAGAAGUUUAAUCUAUGCCCUUCAGCAACAACGAUCAAACUCAGAUCCCUCAUACGAAAUGAGCACAUUCACAAUGAAGUUGGCAUCGGGUAUUAUUCUGGCUUUUGGUUCGUCCGUGCUAGCUACCUCAGCAAGACUUCACACGGGAGCUGCGCUUGGCGAGGUCGAACACUGGUCCAAUACUGUCGGCGAUCUACUGAAUAGACCGCACCCUGCCGCGGGAAAAGUCGAUCCCAAGACGGAUUGCGAUGAGUUGUACUAUGAUCAACCAGUCGAUCACUUCAAUUACAAUGACGGGAGAACCUACAAACAGCGCUACUUUUCCUGCAAGCCAGAGUACUGGUCCGAAGGAGGUCCUAUUUUCUUCUACACUGGAAACGAGGCAUCUGUGGAGCUCUAUGUGAAUAAUACCGGAAUCAUGUGGGAGAACGCCCAGGAGUUCGGUGCCUGGAUGGUCUUCGCCGAGCAUAGGUGUGAUGUCA